GCAUGCUCUGGGCGGCCCGCCCGGUCCAGGCUCCGAUCUAUUGGAACUCACCCGCUCUAUUCGUCCUGAGCGCAGUCGCGUGCAUGAUUCCACAUUGCAUGCCGGCCGCUCGACUUUAGAUCAUGAGGAGGUGGCCUAUGCCCAAGUGGUCAGCCGCUAUAAUGAGGCGGUGGCUUCAGGUGGCGGAUCGCUGAAACCCGAUCUGGUGGAUCACUUUGGUCGCCUUUUCCAACCUGAACGGGAUCAAGAAGUUUCGGCCUUGUGGGAAAUCACGCGGAGCUUGGUCCGAAAUCUCCCGCCCGCACCCAAUCAAGCCUCGAAGAUCGCCACUUGGCGGGCCUCAGAUGUCUGUCAAAAGGCCGUGGUGCAAGCCGCUCAGAAUUAUUUGGAAGCCGAUUUCAAAAAAUUCAUCACCACCACCGUGUUCAAUAACAUGCCCAAGGCUCAGCUAGGUGGCAUACCCGGCACUUACCAAUUAGUGCGUAGCUUCCUCAAGGUUCAAAUCCCACCGAAUACCCCGGGGCUAGAAGAUGGUUUAAUUGACGGGGCGCCGGUCUGGGCCAUGAUUUUUUACGCCCUUCGAUGUGGCGAUGUUAAAGCCGCCAUUCAAUCGGCCAAUCAAGCCGGUCAAGGAUUGUCGGACAUGACCAAGUUUCUGACAGAAGUCAACACUUCCGUGGACCAACGUCUUACGCCUCACUCGGACAAUAUUGUGAAACUAGCUUAUCGCCGAUCCAUUCGCUCUACCACGGAUCCUUUUAAACGGGCGGUUUAUUGCCUCCUUGGGGCGUGUGAUCCAUCGGAUGAACAUAAUGAGAUCGCCACUUCAUUGGACGACUACCUAUGGCUGAAGCUGUACCAGAUUCGCGGGGACGAUGAGAUUGCCUCUUCCCACGCCUUAGAUCACUUAACGCUGACCAAGUUGCAGAUCCAAAUGUCUGAGGAAUAUGGCGAGUCUCAUUUCAACGCCUAUGAGAAACCGCUUUUAUACUUUCAAGUGCUAUUUCUCACCGGACAAUUUGAAGCUGCCACCGAGUUCCUAUUCCGGACCAACCGAUUCCGAGCCCACGCCGUUCACAUUGCCCUAUCCUUGUUCGAAAUACGUAUCCUUCUAUUGCCUAGAAACAUUCAGGCCGCCCUGCUCUCGCGAGAAUCAGGCGAUCGCAAUCCAUUGAGACGGCUCAACAUUGCCCGUCUCAUCAUGCUUUAUGUGAAAAAGUUUGAAAGCACGGAUCCCAAGGAGGCCCUCCAAUACUUCUACUUCCUCCGCAAUGAACGUGGAACAAAAGAUGAGAAUCUCUUCAUGUCCUGCGUGAGCGCUCUGGUUUUAGAGUCCCGUGAAUUCGACCUACUUUUGGGACAACUCACGCAAGAUGGAACUCGAGCCCCGGGAUUAAUUGAUCGCCUUCAGAACUCUCCCGGGGACUCUCAACGAGUCAUUGAAUUGGUAGCCCAAGAUUCCGAACAGAAAGGGAUGUUUGAGGAUGGAGUGAAACUCUACGACUUGGCUCGCAAGCAUGACAAAGUCAUUGAACUGUUAAACAAGCUACUGGCUCAGGUCAUUGCCCAACCCGCGUCUGUGGAAUCCCGCCGAGAUCGGCUGCAACGCCAAUCUGUAGAUGUGGCCAAGCGCUAUAGAAGUCUCGGACAUGGGGCUUCUAAGGCUAAUAUUGAGUCAUUUUACCUCUUGCUCGAUCUCAUGACCUUCUUCGAUCUGUAUCAUAUGAAGAAAUUUGACGAUGCCCUGGAUACAUUGGCCAAGUUAAAGCUCGUUCCUCUGUUGGUCUCCGAGAUUGAUCUCAUGGUUGGCAACUUUCGUCUUCUCCAAGAGGAGAUUCGUCGUAAUAUUCCCGACCUUUUGCUCUCAGCUAUGAGUAUUCUAUUUGCCCAAUACAAACAGAGCAAAAGUGCUACUCCAGGGCGAGGCAUGGGUCAAGAUGGAGGAAGAGAACGGCAUUUGGAUACCUUACGAGACCGAGCCAAAGCCCUCAUCACGUAUGCGGGGAUGAUCCCUUAUCGAAUGCCGGGUGACACCAAUGCUCGACUCGUUCAAAUGGAAGUCCUAAUGAACUAAGUCAAUGACUCAUUCAGAGGAUGGUGACCAGAAAAUGAAAUUUGUAUGCUCGUACAUUAACCAAGUGCCAAUAACGAUAAUAAACUCGACUUUCCCAUGGCCA